AUCCAUACAAUGUGAUAUCUGAUGACGUGGACCAAUAACAAAUAGCUUAAGAUUUCAUUUCUCCCACACUUGUCCAUUAUUACAAAGCAUCGGCCAAAGUUCCGUUUCAUCACGCACACACCGGAUUUAACAGUGCCGCCACUACAACCCCCACCACUACCGCCGCUGAAUCCACCACGAAACACUCUCAAGCACCUCUACUUUCUCCCCGAUUACUAUCUUUGUCUCCAUUACGAUCAUACAUUUCUGAUUUUUUUCCCCUUUUCCGACUCGAUUCUGCUUAAUCGUCUUUACAAAACCAAGCUUUUUUGUCAUGGCGCUUUGUGCAUUUGCAUUCCCUGGACAGUUGAAUCACCGGUCGCUUACUUCACAUAUGCCUGUGCUUCAACAUUGCUUCUUUGGAACGGAUCUACAACAGCCUCCAUCUUCACACAAGACCUUCAAUCAGGGAAGUAAAAAAGUAGGUGGGGUUCGAGCGACACUGUCGGAGAGAGCUGAGUAUUACUCGCAGAGGCCUCCGACUCCACUUUUGGACACUAUCAACUACCCAAUUCACAUGAAAAAUCUGUCAAUUAAGGAACUGAAGCAAUUAGCUGAUGAGCUUCGAUCUGAUGUGAUCUUCAAUGUUUCAAAGACCGGUGGCCACUUGGGUUCGAGCCUUGGUGUGGUGGAGCUCACGGUGGCUCUUCAUUAUGUCUUCAACACCCCUCAAGAUAAGAUCCUUUGGGAUGUCGGUCAUCAGUCUUACCCACAUAAAAUCUUGACCGGAAGAAGGGACCGAAUGCACACAAUAAGACAAACAAACGGGCUGGCAGGGUUCACUAAACGCGCCGAAAGCGAACAUGAUUGCUUUGGCACAGGGCACAGCUCUACCACCAUUUCAGCAGGGUUAGGAAUGGCUGUGGGAAGGGAUUUAAAAGGAGGAACAAACGAUGUGGUUGCUAUUAUUGGUGAUGGUGCCAUGACAGCUGGACAAGCUUAUGAAGCCAUGAACAAUGCUGGCUAUUUGGAUUCAGACAUGAUUGUGAUUCUUAAUGACAAUAAACAAGUCUCAUUACCUACUGCAAAUCUUGAUGGGCCUAUACCUCCUGUUGGAGCUUUAAGCAGUGCCCUUAGUAGGUUACAAUCUAAUCGCCCUCUUAGAGAAUUACGUGAAGUUGCCAAGGAAGUUACAAAACAAAUUGGUGGGCCGAUGCAUGAACUUGCUGCUAAAGUUGAUGAAUAUGCUCGGGGAAUGAUUAGUGGUUCGGGUUCAUCAUUAUUUGAAGAACUCGGUCUAUAUUACAUUGGGCCAGUUGAUGGACAUAGCAUUGAUGAUCUUGUUGCUAUUCUUAAAGAGGUUAAGAGUACUAAGACAACGGGCCCCGUUCUUAUUCAUGUAAUCACUGAGAAAGGACGAGGAUACCCUUAUGCUGAAAAAGCAGCCGACAAGUACCAUGGUGUGGGGAAGUUUGACCCUGCAACAGGAAAACAAUUUAAAUCGAGUGCUCCGACUCAAUCAUACACGACUUAUUUUGCGGAGGCGUUGAUUGCGGAAGCGGAGGCGGAUAAGAAAAUCAUCGGAAUCCAUGCGGCGAUGGGCGGCGGAACUGGGAUGAAUCUGUUCCUCAGGCGAUUCCCAAGUCGGUGUUUUGAUGUCGGAAUUGCAGAGCAACAUGCGGUUACUUUCGCUGCUGGAUUGGCGUGUGAAGGCCUUAAACCAUUCUGUGCAAUUUACUCUUCCUUCUUACAGCGAGGUUAUGAUCAGGUGGUGCACGAUGUUGAUUUGCAGAAGCUACCAGUGAGAUUUGCAAUGGAUAGAGCGGGUCUUGUUGGCGCAGAUGGCCCCACACAUUCAGGGUCAUUCGAUGUCACUUACAUGGCAUGCCUCCCUAACAUGGUGGUGAUGGCACCUUCCGAUGAGGCUGAGCUUUUUCACAUGGUGGCAACCGCCGCCGCCAUUGAUGACAGACCCAGCUGUUUCCGGUACCCACGAGGCAAUGGAAUCGGCGUGCCGUUGCCACCCGGAAACAAAGGCAUUCCUCUCGAGAUUGGAAAAGGUCGAAUAAUGCUGGAAGGGCAACGCGUAGCACUUCUAGGCUAUGGAACAGCUGUUCAGAGCUGUAUGGCUGCAGCCGAAUUAGUAAAAGAUCGUGGCUUAAAUAUAACCGUUGCAGAUGCGCGUUUCUGUAAGCCAUUAGACCAUGCUCUUAUUCGGGCCCUUGCAAAGUCACAUGAGGUCUUGAUAACGGUUGAAGAAGGGUCAAUCGGAGGUUUCGGCUCUCAUGUUGCACAUUUUAUGGCAUUAGAUGGCCUUCUUGAUGGAAACUUAAAGUGGAGACCAUUGGUGCUUCCGGACCGUUACAUAGACCAUGGUGCACCUGCGGACCAAUUGGCUGAAGCCGGGCUAACCCCAUCACAUAUAGCUGCAACCGUAUUCAAUGUGCUUGGGAAAACACGAGAGGCUCUUGAGUGA